AUGAAGAGAGAAGGUCGGAGAGCUCAGGUGGACUUGAGAACAGAAGCAAAGGUUCUUAGCCCGUUGAUCUCUCAGUGGAAGAAGCUCUACGAGCAUGGCGAGGUCGAUGCUGCCAGCUUCGCGGGUGCGUUCGUUCUCGCCUACCUGAGCGUCAGGCAUGGGCGCUGGACGGGGGGUCGGCUGGAUGCCUCGGCUUACGGGGGAGGAGCCGUGCAGGACGUCAAGUCAAGUCCCGUGCGGAAGUUCGAGGGGCUGGAGGAGCUGCUGGGAGACGUCUCGCGAUGGUUCAAGGAGGAGGAGCAGGAGGAGCUGACUGUGCUCGAUAUCCUCUCAACUCUCAAGCUCGACGGCAUCAAGAAGAACAAGGAUAACCUUGCCAACCGCUCCCUCGUCUGCUGGCUCUUGGCUGCCCGCCCCUUCGUGCUCAUGUUCCGCAUCCCCUCCCCGAUCGAGGUGCUCAAGAUGCAGGCGAGGGGGGAGCGAGUGGUGACGAUGUUGACGAGCGAGGAGGAGCUGAGCUCCAAGCACACGGCUCCUCUGCGGUACAUGGAGGGCGAGAAACUGCACAGCCGGGAUGCUCUAGAGUUUCUCGUCCACGACCUCGCGCACAUGGAGAAGUUCGUGGACAAGGAAGUGUAUGAGGAGCAGUGGGAUUCUUCCGGAGCAUGCUGGAGCUGGACGAGGAGGGGCCUCGCCGAGGUGGAGUACUGCAUCUCAGACAUGAACUGCUGCUGCACGCACCUGCUCAAGUACCUCAAGGCUAAGCUCUUCCUUGCCCGCGAUCGCUCCUCCUCCUUCCUCUUCCACGCCUGCUGGGCCGAACUGCUCCGCUCCUUCGGAGUCGAAAGAGGGUCGAAGGAGGAGGAGGCAAUGGAGGGCGUGGGGUUCAGAGCGAUGCGGGAGGACGAGUCUGAUUGCAUCCGCAAACACUUCAGGUCGCGUGCGGGGCUGAACAAGUGA